AUGAAGGAGGAUGAAAUGCCCGACUCGACUGCUGGGAGGGUAGAUCAUAUAGAGGAGAGCCCGCCUACAUACGUUCAAAAAGAAGAGAAGGUCGACCCGGAGAGCCGCUCUCCUGGCAAUCUCAAUGCCGUCUUCGAAAAUCCGCUUGCUGGAAUUUCCCGCGAGCAACUCUUUAGAGAUGUUGUCGAGUUUUGCACCAAAUAUGAUUUGAUGGAUCAUGUCGAGACUUUCAAGAAGGGUGCUCUCAUUUCGCAAAAUCCCGCAUCGGCAACAAGUCGCCUCGAUUUGUCGGAAGAAGAGAAGGAGGCCCUUGAGCGUGAACAUACCCAUAAGUGGUCACAACCGUGGCAGUUAUACUUUCUAGCAUCAAUGUGCUCUCUCGCUGCGGCCGUCCAAGGUAUGGAUGAAACAGUCAAUAAUGGUGCCCAGGCUAUUUACUUUGACAAAGACCAACUCAACAUCACUUCCAAAAACAUCCAAGGUCUUGUUGUUGGCGCCCCAUACUUGGCUUGCGCGGUUAUUGGUUGCUGGCUUACUGAGCCCCUAAAUCGGCUUUUUGCCCGGCGUGGUACAAUUUUCAUCUCAUGCGUGAUUGCAGCUGUUGCCUCAGUAUGGGAAGGUGUUGCAAAUACCUGGGUCAAUCUUUUCAUUGCCCGCUUUGUUCUUGGUCUGGGAAUCGGGUCGAAAUCGAGCACUGUACCUGUAUACGCCGCGGAAUGUUCUCCCGCUCCAAUCCGAGGUGCUCUCGUUAUGAUGUGGCAAAUGUGGACGGCCUUCGGUAUCAUGCUUGGUAACAUAAUGGGUGUUGCUUUCAUGAGUCUAGACCGAGACAUCAGCUGGCGCCUCAUGCUAGGAUCCACUGUCGUACUACCUCUCGUUGUCUGCGCUCAAGUAUACUUCUGCCCGGAAUCUCCAAGAUGGCUGAUUCAGCACGGCAAAAUCCAAAAGGCCUAUACCAAUUUCCGUAUCCUCCGCCCAACAGACAUUCAGGCCGCAAGAGAUCUGUAUUAUGCAUAUGUGGGCGUUGAGCUUGAACGGAAGAUUAACAAGGGCAAAAAUUUCUUCACGAUGUUCAUUGAACUCUUUACCAUCCCGCGCAACCGCCGUGCCACCCUCGCUAGCUGGAUCGUGAUGUUUAUGCAGCAAUUCUGUGGAGUCAACGUCAUUGCAUACUACUCUACCUCCGUAUUCACCGAAGCAAGCUACAGUCUGACUAGCGCGCUACUGGCGUCCAUGGGAACGGGCAUUCUCAACUGGAUCUUUGCCCUACCAGCCUUCUUCACGAUUGAUACCUGGGGUCGACGGAAUUUGCUACUAUUCACCUUCCCCUUCCUUGCUGUCACCCUUCUGUGGACUGACUUUUCUUUCUGGAUUGAAGAGGGGAAUGAAACAAGCAAAAAAAGGGUUGCAAUGGUCACCACGGGCAUGUACCUUUUUGAAGUAUUCUACUCUCCUGGAGAAGGACCAGUCCCAUUCGCAUAUUCGGCCGAAUGUUUCCCUCUGCAAGUCCGUGACGUCGGUAUGUCGUGGGCGACAGCCACUACUUGGUGUUUUAAUUUCAUUUUGUCUUUCACUUGGCCGAAUCUGGUCGAUUCUUUCAAACCACAGGGUGCCUUUGGUUGGUACGCUGCUUGGUGUAUAAUCGGCUGGUUUUUGGUUCUGUUGUUUGUACCCGAAACAAAGUGUAAGCUCCGUGGCCUAUCGGAAAUGAACAGUGCUAAUGUUUUGUCUUCAGCCCUUACUCUGGAGGAACUGGACCAAGUCUUCUCCGUCUCGACCAGCAAGCACGCAUCAUACCAGAUCAAGAACGCUUUGUGGCAUUUGCGCGUCUGGAUCUUUCGUCAGAAACUAGAGCCUCUGCCAGGAUUUUAUCAAGGUGUCGAGCGUCUUGCGGAAGUAGGUGACAUAGCGUCCAAGGCAGGAAAAGAAGGAGAAAGAGUGCAUAAUGACUAG